AUGACAUCAACUCUAAAAACAGGUUUAUCUUCUGAACGAGUUCGAGGUCCACCUGGGUUCUAUAUUAGUCAUCUCGCAUGUCCUGUUUGUCAUGAAUUACCGUGGAAACCAGUUGCUUGUCAAUCAUGUGAAACACCUUUCUGUUCAAC